AUGAAGACGAAACGCGAGGUAAGCUUUGCAGAGGUUGACGAAGUCCGCCACAUGUCUGUGGCCCAGGACGCAGCUGCGGUGGGCGAUAUCAAGGACAAAUGGCGCAUUCUGCCUUGCUACAUGGGUAUGCGCGGAAUCGCACGCCAGCACAUAAACUCGUACAACAACUUUGUGCAACGCGAGAUCAAGGAGAUCGUGAACGCGCCCAGCAACAAGAUGCUGAAGAGCGAUGCGUGCAAGAAGUUCUACAUCGAGUUUAUAGACAUCAAAGUCGGCGAGCCGUACAUGUCCGAGAACAACAUCAAACCCAUCCUGCUGACUCCCCAGCUGUGUCGCAUGCGUGAUAUCACGUACAGCGCGCCCAUGUACGCGGAUGUGGAGUACUACAACGGUGAGGGUGUCGCCUCAAAGCGGGUGGAAAUCGGCAGGCUGCCCGUUAUGCUGCGCAGCUGCGUCUGCGCACUGACUGGGGGUGAGCGUAACGGCGGGAACGUAGACAACUUUGAGAUGUCGUCACGCCUUGGUGAAUGCCCGUACGAUCCUGGCGGUUACUUUAUUAUCAAGGGCGUAGAGAAGGUUAUUUUAAUGCAGGAGCAACUUUCCAAAUGUCGCGUCAUCGUUGAGACCGACGUAAAGAAGAACAUUUGUGCCACGGUCACCUCGGCCACCGCCGAAUCCAAGAGUAGGACUGCAGUGGUCUACAAAAACCAGAAGCUUUACGUGCGCCACAACAGUUUCACUGACGACGUUUCGCUCUGUAUUAUCCUCAGAGCCAUGGGCGUCACGACUGACCAGGAAAUUGCUCAGUUGAUAGGCACCGCAGGAGCACGUGACUUCUUACCUACAGGGGGAGACUACAUCCUGUCGCUGCAGGAUCUGUACAACGAGGGUAUUAACUCGCGCAUGGACGCACUGCUUUACGUGGGCCGCAAGGUUAGGCCUCGCCAGCUGGCAAAGGGAUUCUUCACGAGUUCGAAGGAGCGCACCCCGAAAACAAACCAGAACCUCAUCGAGGACACCCAUGACAUUUUGACUCGCGUGCUGUUGUCGCAUAUACCCAUGCGGAAUUGCCGGGAUUUCACUGGAAAGAUCAAGAGUCUAUGUCUAAUGGCCAGGCGUGUCCUCUCGGUAGCCAGUGGAAAGGAGCCGAUGGACGACAAAGACCAUUACGGCAACAAGCGUCUGGAACUUGCAGGACAGCUUAUUUCGAUCCUUUUUGAGGAUCUCUUCAAAGCGUUCUUGAGUCAACUGAAGAAGCAGAUAGACGCCACUCUAACGCGCCACUACGAGAUUGUAUCUAAUUGCUAUGGAGGAAAACAGAUUAAGUACCCGGACUGUUUGGUUAGUCUGCCCACCGACAUUAUUACCCGUGGUAUGCAAGCCACCAUAUCUACUGGCAACUGGAACAUCAAGCGUUUCCGUAUCGAACGCAGCGGCGUAUCGCAGAUUCUAUCUCGUCUGUCGUACAUUUCAUGCCUUGGGAUGAUGACCAAGACGAAUUCGCAGUUUGAGAAGGGCCGUAAGGUGAGCAAGCCCCGUGCUUUGCAGCCUUCGCAGUUCGGUCUGAUCUGCCCUUGUGACACCCCUGAAGGUGAGAGUUGUGGCCUUGUGAAGAACUUGAGUCUGAUGAACCACGUGACUACUGACGGGGAUAUCGAGCGUCUGGUCGAGUUGAUAUACUGGUUGGGUGUCGAGUCCGCUGACUCCUUGCCAGCAAGGGACGCUUUCGACGACGAGAGGAAUAUGACGGUGUUUUUGAACGGUAUCAUUCUGGGUGUACACCAGAACGGUGAGGAGCUGAUCCGCAACGUGGUUGCCUUGCGUCGUCGUGGACAGAUCAGUGCAUUCGUAUCUGUGUUCCAAAACUAUGAGCAGCGCCAGGUGCACAUAUCUUCGGACGGUGGUCGUCUAUGUAGGCCGCUUAUUGUGGUAGAGAAUGGUCGGCCUCUUUUGACGUCUCGAAUCCUGAACAGUUUGAUUGCCGGUGAGAUAACGCUGUCGAAACUGUUUGCUUCCGGUAUUUUGGAAUGGAUCGACGUCAACGAGGAGAAUAAUUCCUUGAUUGUGAUGCGUGAGAGUGACAUCACGCCCAAGACCACCCACCUGGAGAUUAGCCCGAUGAGCAUGCUCGGGGUGGUGGCGGGUCUGAUCCCCUUCCCAAACCACAACCAGAGUCCCCGUAACACGUAUCAAUGUGCUAUGGGCAAGCAGUCCAUUGGAAGCAUCGGUUACAACCAGCUGAACCGCUGCGACACAAUUCUGCAUCUAAUGGUUUACCCCCAACGCCCACUCGUGACCACCAAGGCUAUCCAGUUGGUGAACUUCGACAAACUGCCAGCUGGGCAGAAUGUAAUUGUGGCUGUUAUGAGUUACCAGGGGUACGAGAUUGAGGACGCUGUGGUGAUAAACAAGGCGUCCAGUGAGCGUGGUUUCAGCCGUUGUUACUCGCUGCGCCGUAUGACCGUCGAAAUCGACAAGAUCAACUACGCGAUUCCAAGGCCGGGCGCUGCCCCGGCUGGUAUUAAUUCUGUGGAUCUCACCUCAGAGGCACCGGUGGAUGACGUGACCGGCGACAACGUGAUUGGCGUCGGGCAGCUGGUCAACAAGGACGACACCCUGCUGAAGAAAUUGACACAAUCAUCCAACGGAGAGAUCAAAGUAACUCCAGUGAAAUACCACUUCAACCAGCCGGCCUACGUGGAUCGAGUUAUGUGCAUCAGCACCAUCGCCGACAGCGUGUUAUACAAAAUCAUGCUACGUCAAGUGCGGCUGCCUGAAAUCGGCGACAAGUACAGUAGUCGUCACGGGCAGAAAGGUGUUGUCGGUCUGAUCGAAAGCCAGGAGAACCUGCCGUUCAGCGAACAUGGCUGGGUGCCCGAUCUUAUCAUGAACCCGCACGGUUUCCCGUCCCGUAUGACGGUGGGCAAGAUGCUCGAGCUCGUCGCCGCCAAGGCAGCUGUGCUGAACGGCAUUUUCGAAGACGGCACGCCGUUUGAGGCGGAUUCGUUGCCAAGCAUUGAACGCAGUUUGCUGCGCAAGGGUUUCCACCCGGCCGGCAAAGAGAUUCUGUACUCCGGAAUCACCGGAGAACCGUUGGAGACCCUCAUAUUCACCGGACCGAUGUACUACCAGAAGCUGAAGCAUAUGGUAUCAGACAAGAUUCACGCCCGCGCCGUCGGCCCUCGCCAGUCGCUGACGCGCCAGCCCACGGAAGGCCGCUCCAAAGACGGCGGUCUGCGUUUGGGAGAGAUGGAGCGCGACUGUCUUAUCGCUUACGGCGCCAGCGGGCUCCUAGUGGAGCGCCUGAUGCUGAGCAGUGACGUGUUCCAGAUGGAUGUCUGCCACGUCUGUGGCUUCAUCGGAUACGACGGCUGGUGUGCCUAUUGCAAACAGCGCGGCCAGACGGCGUCGGUGUCCAUCCCGUACGCGUGCAAGCUACUGUUCCAGGAGCUCCAGGCGAUGAACAUUCGCCCGAACGUGAUACUUAAGGAGGGAAUGAGCAGCCAUUAG